UAUAUUUGGAGUGGUCAGGCCAGGCACAAGCAAGCUAGCUAGCAGAAGUUGCUUUGCAUGUGGCUGCUCGCAGUGAUUUGGAUCAUCUCUCUUUCAGAAUCUUACAGCAUUGAGUUGAAGGAAUGGAGAAAAAGGAGAGAAGAUCGAAAAGAAUGGAAGCAUCAUCAGGAAUACCCCUCAAAAGUAGUAGUGGGGCUGGAGGAGAAGUGAGACGUAUUCAUAUCAUUUACUUUCUCAGUCAUAAUCUGGGCCGUUUUGAGCAUCCCCAUCUCAUUCGAGUUCAUCAUUUCAAUCUAAAUGGUGUUUAUUUAAGAGAUGUCAAGAGGUGGCUUGCGGAUUUGCGAGGAAAAGACAUGCCAAAAGCCUUUGCUUGGUCCUAUAAGAGGAGAUACAAGAACGGUUAUGUCUGGCAAGAUUUACUGGAUGAUGAUCUGAUUACCCCAAUCUCUGACAAUGAAUAUGUCCUCAAGGGAUCUGAAAUUUUCGUCCCUCCUGCCAAUCCCUUCGCUGGUAGUGCAUAUGGUGAAAAGAAAGCUCCUGACUUGUUAAUGAAAAGUGAAAAUGAUAGCCAAGUUGAGAAUACUGAAGUUGAAAACAGAGCACAAGAUCAUGAGCAACUUCCUUCACCAAACCAAAUUUGCGACGACACUCCCCCACGAAAGACAACAUCAUCUGAAAUAUCUCAAGAAUCACCUGUAUUCAGUUCAGAGAUUUCAACAUUAACUGACGAUUCCAUCAAGGAAGAAGAAGAUGCAUGUAAACCCAGCAACCCUCUUGAAGAAGAGCAGAUAGACAUUAAGGUGGAACAAUAUUCAUCUUUUUACACCAAUUUCUUGGGCAGCAAGAGCAAGAAGAACCAAAAGAAAAGGGUAGACAACAACAGCAAUAUUGAAAAGAUGGGCACCCCAAGUUCAUUCUCCUCGCUAUCGUCAUCAACAUCAUCAUCACAAGCUACAUUUGCAAAGAGUAAGAGCUAUUCAAGUGGAACAUCCAAGAUGCUACGUAAUUUGAUGGCAUGUGGUGCUGUUGACACAAACGAUGCUGCAUUGGUUCGCCAAGGCCAAAAAUGUAAUGGUAAAUACAAACCAAUCGAAAAGCCGGCUGAUCAGAUUUGUGAAGGAGAGGUACUUGGAGGGCCUGCCAGAGUUUUUGCGACUCCAUGGAAUCAACAAAUACAGCAACACGAUAUUGCUAAUGCUAGGAAAAGCUAUGAUGAGGCGAGAGGUUCAAAGAAGCAGCCUGGUGGAUUUGGCAGUCCAAAAGUGAUUCCCCCUGCAUACAAGCCAGUGGCUGCACCCAUCUGCUCGCGGUGCGGGAAGUCAUUCAGGCCAGAGAAAUUGCACUCGCACAUGAAGUCUUGCAGGGGAUUGAAGACCCUGACAAAGGCUGCUUCAGCUUAUGUUGAGAAAACACCGUCACCUUCACAUAUUUCAGUUGAUUCAAAAUCUGAGGAUGGCUAUUUCUUGACUAAAUGAAUGUUCAGUUGUAAAUUUCGGUAGUACACUGUCCAAAGCAUGAACUUCUUUACCACUUCUGCUGUUAUUUGUGUAAAGUAAAUAUAGGAACAUGUGGUUUGGCAUUUAAGAAAUGGCGAUUACAUUAUUAUUUCUUCUGAAAAUUAA